GAGAAAGUUGAAAUCACGUGUCUCACUGUAGAAAGUUUGACAAGUUGGUCGAGAUAAGUACUCUGUUUUCCCGCUAUCGAAAACCUUGAAUGUCAUUCUCUUGUGUCUUCUUCUGUUAAUAACAACCUCGCGAUCUCACCUGGAAUCGAAGUCUUUUCUUUUAGCGACAAUAUAAAACACACCCAAAAACAUGGAAAUCGUGCAGAAAAUCAUGUCGGGGUUUAGUCUGGAUUUGGGACCAGUGAAAGAGCCACUGGGAUUUAUCCGAAUCCUGGAAUGGGUGUUCACCAUUUGUGCCUUUGCCACCACUGGUGGUUAUGUUGGAUUCACUGCGUUCACCAUUGAUUGUGAAAGUAAAAAUGAAGACAUUACUGCUCAUUUUGCAUAUCCUUUUAGGCUCCCGAGUCAGCCAUAUGAGAUUCGUCACUGCAAUCAGAGCAAGAACGUGACUUUCCUGCAGGGGGAUUUCUCCUCCUCGGCCGAGUUCUUCGUCUCUGUUGGCGUCUUGGGCUUCUUGUACUGUACUUUCACCCUCAUCCUGUACUUGGGCUACCAGCAGGUUUACAGGGAGUCUAACCGUGGCACGAUUAUUGAUCUGAUUGUGACCGGAAUCUUUGCUUUCUUGUGGCUGGUUUGCUCCUCAGCCUGGGGAAAAGGUUUAACAGAUGUCAAAUAUGCUACGGAUGCUGACCGGCUAAUAAAAGCUUGUCUGCCUGAUAAGUGUGUGGUGAAGAGCUACCCUUCGAUGGGUCGUCUCAAUUCCUCUGUGCUCUUUGGAUUCCUAAACCUGAUAUUGUGGGCAGGAAACUGCUGGUUCAUCUACAAGGAGACUCCGUUUCAUAAGCCGGCCAAUCCACCGCCCAGCGUAGAGGGAGGAGUUUCCACCUCCUAAUUAGACAAGACGGGCUCCUUCCUCUCCUCUCCAUUCGUUCAUAAAGCAGAGGACAUCACCACUUGUGAAACAAACUACACUUUGAUAUGCAAAAGCUUUGUUUCUAGCGUCAUGCAUCGCAGUUCAUUACAUUAGACAUGCUCUAAGCUGAAUUCAUCAUUUCUUUAUGGAUUUUUUUUUAUUUUAGUGUCUAUUUAAUGGCACUGUCAGAAGCAAAUUUUGUCACGCAGGUAAAAAAAGAAACCAAAUUAUUUGUUAGAUCAGUAGCAUUUCAGUUACAACUUACAAUAAACUUGUUCUAGGUUAUUGAUGUUUUUCAUUUUAAUUAAUUUGUCUAAUUUGAUAUAAAGAUGACCUGCAUUUCAGUAACUGUAAAUGUCCACUACAAUCAGACCUCAUGAGAAUGUCAAAUGUCUCUGAGCACUUCAAAUACUAGCACACUAAUAUCUAGCUUCAGACAUUUAAAGCUUGUCUUUGCUUGUAGUUUUUAAAUAACUAUUUAUUGGUUUAAGUGCCUUUUCAUUUACGUUCAUGAUAGAAUGUUUUUCCACAGCCACAUCUGAGUCACCUUACAUUUGUCAGGGAAGGACAAACUAAAAAAUUCGUCUCAGUUUCAGCCAUAAAGCAUCUGAUAUUUCGUCUGUAACCUUUAUUUUAAAUGUUUGUGUGAAUUCUCUGAGUUGAUUGUUUUUCUACUGUUUGGAGUAGUAAUGUUGUCAUUUAUUUGUAUUUGGCUGUUAUUUGACUUGACACUGUAAAUGAAGCAUCUGUAUCACAUGGGUUGAUGUUUAUAUUUACAGAAAGAACAUUUACUUUUGUGCAUCUGUGGCAUGUUUUACCAUCUUAUUUUUUACAGAAAGAAAUGUUUUGUGGGGGAUUGCAUUCAGUUGAAUUCUAAAAAAAAAAAGAAUAAUUGUUCAACAACAGUGAUUGUCUGUGGGCAUUUUAUGUUCUGUUAAAAAUUGAUUAUUUGUUUAAUUCUAAAUUGGCAAUUUUGUUUUUUAUUAUAUCCUCAAGUAGUUGUUUUAAUCGUAAGAUGAAACUUUCAAAGGAAUAUUCAGUGCCACAUCUAAACUUUUUAAUCUACAUAGCUAUAAAAAGUAGGUAAAGGUAAACACAUUAAAUUAUUAAUAUAAAUUGUUUAAGGAAAGUAGUUUGGGUCUAAUUGUGAUUAAAGAGGAAAAAAGUUAAAAGUGCCAUUUAAAAAUCUUUCCUCGGGUCACAUAUUGAUGAUUUUUUUUUGUCCUGGAGCAAUCCUCAAUUUUGGUUGUGACUUUUGGAAAAUAUAGGCCAGAUUUGUGUGUGUGUUUUAUAUCUCUAUGCUACGUUCAGAAGGAAAACCUCCAUAAAAGGCUGUUUGCAGUUUUGAUUAGUAUUAAAAGAGGAGAGCUGUAUAUAUAUUGGUUCGUGUUUUAUUUCAAAAGGCUGCUGUUUACUACAUAACCACUAGAUGGUAGUAUUGUAAACAAAAUAAAUACAUCAUCUAAAUCACACUGGUGUCGAUCAUACAUG